AUGACCUAUGCUGGUGUGUGGACAUUGUGUCAGUGGUUGAUGCCAGUAGAAAUGGACUUCUUAUUUGUGUUAUUGCUUGUGGGUUGCUUAUGUUCUUUUGUGUUUCCUGAUACGCAAGGAGAUGCACUAUUUGCAUUGAAGCUAUCAUUGAAUGCUUCAGCUGACCAGCUUACUGACUGGAAUCAGAAUCAAGUGAAUCCUUGUACUUGGUCACAUGUUUACUGUGACUCAAACAACAAUGUCAUGCAAGUAUCACUAGCCUAUAUGGGAUUCACUGGAUACUUGACCCCAAGAAUAGGAGUUCUUCAAUAUGUUACAGCUCUUUCUUUGCAAGGCAAUGGCAUCAGUGGAAACAUACCAAAAGAGAUAGGAAACAUGACAAGCUUGUGCAGGUUGGAUUUGGAAAGCAAUAAAUUAACUGGAGAAAUACCCUCUUCCCUUGGUAAUCUUAAAAAGCUUCAAUUCUUAACAUUGAGUCAAAACAAUCUUAGUGGGACAAUUCCUGAAUCACUUGCCACUCUUCCAAUCUUGAUCAAUGUUAUGCUAGAUUCAAAUAAUCUGAAUGGCAAAAUCCCAGAGCGGUUAUUUGAGGUUUCUAAAUACAAUUUCACUGGAAAUAAUUUGGAUUGUGGUGUGAAUUAUCAUCAACUUUGCGAAUCUGAUAAUGCGGAUCAAGGUUCAUCACAUAAACCAAAAACUGGCCUCAUAGUUGGAAUUGUUAUAGGGUUAGUUGUUAUUCUUUUCCUUGGUGGUCUGGUGUUCUUUUGGUGCAAGGGUAGACAAAAGCACAAAAGGCCUGACAUUUAUGUAGAUGUUCCAGGUGAAGUGGAUAGGCGAAUUGCAUUUGGUCAACUAAAGAGAUUUUCAUGGAGAGAACUUCAGAUAGCCACAGACAACUUCAGUGAGAAGAAUGUUUUGGGUCAGGGAGGCUUUGGAAAGGUUUAUAAAGGUGUUCUUGCUGAUAACAUAAAAGUUGCUGUCAAAAGGUUAACUGAUUAUGAAAGUCCUGGGGGAGAUGCAGCUUUCCAGCGUGAGGUUGAAAUGAUAAGUGUAGCUGUGCAUAGGAACCUGUUACGGCUGAUUGGGUUUUGUACUACCCCAACUGAGCGCCUCUUAGUUUAUCCCUUUAUGCAGAACUUAAGUGUUGCCUAUCGUCUUCGAGAACUCAAACCUGGUGAACCUGUUCUGGACUGGCCUACAAGAAAACGAGUAGCCCUGGGAACAGCCCGAGGCUUGGAAUAUCUUCACGAGCAUUGCAAUCCUAAGAUUAUUCAUCGGGAUGUGAAGGCAGCUAAUGUAUUACUAGAUGAAGAUUUUGAAGCUGUUGUUGGUGAUUUUGGCUUGGCCAAGUUAGUUGAUGUUCGAAAAACUAACGUCACAACUCAAGUUCGUGGGACAAUGGGCCACAUAGCUCCAGAAUAUUUAUCCACUGGAAAGUCUUCUGAAAGGACCGAUGUUUUUGGUUAUGGGAUUAUGCUUCUGGAGCUUGUUACAGGUCAACGAGCAAUUGACUUUUCACGAUUAGAAGAGGAAGAUGAUGUGCUGUUACUUGACCAUGUUAAGAAAUUAGAACGGGAGAAAAGACUAGAUGCCAUUGUUGAUCGGAACCUAAAUAAAAAUUACAACAUACAAGAGGUAGAAAUGAUGAUACAAGUUGCAUUGCUCUGUACGCAAGCAACACCAGAGGACCGUCCACCAAUGUCUGAGGUCGUAAGAAUGCUAGAAGGAGAAGGGUUGGCUGAAAGAUGGGAGGAAUGGCAGCAUGUGGAGGUCAAUCGGAGGCAAGAAUACGAGAGAUUACAAAGAAGAUUUGAUUGGGGAGAAGAUUCUGUCUAUAAUCAAGAUGCCAUCGAGUUGUCUGGUGGGAGAUGA